AUUUACCUGGGACAGAUAGGUGAGAGGAUAAUGCUACCUGGAUGGAGGAGUGGGCAGAUAUAGUUUUUGAUUAGGGCCGGUAUUAGAAAGAUGACAGGUACUGCCUGAGUGGGUGGAGGAGAUAGGAGGGGUAUUAUUUGAGAAGGAUGGCAUAAGUAUACAUCUCGAUACUUGUUGAUGUACAUCAUGACUUUCCAGCUGCUCAACUGACUUUGAUCUCGUCAUCCAUGGAGCCUCCGCCGCGUUAUGCGAACUCCCCAUAUGUUUCAUAUCCAUCUGCUCCUCACCAACCAGGGGUUCAUGGGACGUACUACCAGCCAUACACCAUACAGCCAGAACCUCCUGCACCCCACUAUGUUAUUGAGAGACCCCCAUCAAAUAAAUUCCCGUUCCUUUCGUGCUUCUCCAGGCGGGGGACCACCGCUUUUAUCUUCAUUGUUGCAAUCGUUGUGCUAAUUGGGUUAGGUCUGAUCGCUGCAUAUAAACUGGAUGCAUUUAAUGGCUCAUCAAGUUCAUCCAUUCCUAGAGAAAGCUGUUUUCCCAACAAAACUCUUUGUAAUGGAAUUGCUGAGUGUGCACGAGGAGGGGACGAGAUGGGUUGUGCAAGGUUCCGGUGGGAUAAUUCCUUGCUUCAGAUCAUGUCUCGUACACAAGAGAAUCUCUGGCUGCCUGUAUGUGCCAACAAGGUCAAUAGCAACUUUGCAGCAUAUGUGUGCCAACGCUACGGCUUCCUAGGUACUCCCAUUACACAAUCUGUGACGAUGCCUGACAAUCCCAGCAAUAUAGGGAUGGUCAGCAAUGGAGCAUCUAACAGCAUCCAGGGCAGCGUAGACCGGGCUACUUGUCCUGAUCAGCAAUACUUGUCUCUUAAAUGCUCCGAUUGUGGAAAUAGGAAGAUGAGUCGAAUUAUUGGGGGUACAGAAGCUUCCCAGGGGAAGUGGCCUUGGCAAGUCAGUCUACAACUGCAAGUGGGUUCGGGAUUCGCUCAUGUUUGUGGAGGGACCCUCAUCAAUAAUCAGUGGGUGCUGGGUGCAUCGCACUGCUUCACAGAUAACCCGUCCCCGAGCCAGUGGAGAGUGUAUGCUGGAGCAAAUAAUUUGAAUGACCUUCGCGCCUAUUCUUCAGUCAAAAUCAUUGUUAGAAAUGAGAAUUACAAUACGGGCACUGAUGAUUAUGAUAUUGCUCUGAUGAAACUAAAGAACCCAUUCACCUAUUCGGCUGCUAUCCAGCCGGCCUGCCUCCCCAUGACUGGUAAGUCAUUUAACCCAGGUUUGAAGUGCUGGAUCAGUGGAUUUGGUAAAACAGUAGUAUCUUCAGAUGACACUUCGCCAGUCCUGAUGGAGGCUGAGGUGUCAAUUAUCAGUACCCAGGUUUGUAAUGCAGCGGAUGUUUAUGAUGGAUCGAUUACCCCGAGAAUGAUGUGUGCUGGGGAUCUGAGAGGAGGCACAGACUCGUGUCAGGGGGACAGUGGGGGACCCCUGGUGUGUCAGAGUGACAAUGCUGGACCCUGGUUUAUCGCUGGAGUGACAAGUUGGGGAACUGGAUGCGGGCAAGCCAAGAAGCCGGGUGUAUACAGUCGUGUCACAGAGUUCACUCCGUGGAUCUACAGCCAGAUGGAGCUGGCACGAGAUUCGUGACCUCAGAUCGGGACAGUUGAGAAAGUGGAAGUGGACUUGCUUGAGCUAUAACGGCACGGUCAUUACAGACACAUGCACUGGAGAGGAAGAAAUGGGAUAUUAUGUAUCAAGAAAAAAUUAAAAUAUCCCACGAAGACACUGUGAUUCCCUGCACCAAAACAUUAACGUGUUGCAGUUCUUCUCACUGUAAUGUAACCAAGAACCAUGCUAGCUUUGG